AGAAAAAUGUUUCCCAUGUUUAUGCAGAAGCCAGACAAGGCUGAGGCUCUGAAGCAGCUGCGGAGCCAUGUCGCCAUGUUUGGGGCUUGGGUCAUUGCGAUCCGAGCCGCCCUAUAUGUUCUUCACCUCCUCUCUGGGGAAAAAGACGAGCUCAAGCUUGAAUUUUAACGACCAUCUCGU